CACUUGUAUAUUGCCAUCAUCAUCACCAUAACAAUUACCAUCAUAAGUGUCAUCAUCAUCAUCUAGUUAAAUGGCUCCGGUGAAGAAGAUAAUAUUCAAAACAAAGGAUGAAUUGGCGGUGGAGCUGGCCAAAUACACGGCGAAUCUCUCCUCUAAAUUCUGCAAAGAAAGAGGAAUUUUCACCGUUGUUCUCUCUGGCGGCGACCUCAUCUCCUGGCUCUGGAAAUUGUUGGAACCUCCAUAUGCUGAUUCAAUUGAAUGGUCUAAAUGGCACAUCUUUUGGGUGGAUGAGAGGGUUUGUGGUUGGGAUAAUGCGGAUAGCAACUAUAAACUCGCCUACGAUGGUUUUCUCUCUAAAGUCCCUAUUCCGGCCGAGAACAUCUAUGCCAUCGACAAAGGGCUCGGGGCUGAAGGCAAUGCUGAGCUCGCAGCCGAACGGUAUGAGGAAUGCCUCAAACAAAAGGUUAAUGAGAACAUAAUCCGAACAUACAAGUCCUCAGGUUUCCCACAGUUCGAUCUCCAGCUUCUAGGAAUGGGACCAGACGGUCACAUGGCGUCUUUGUUCCCGGGACAUGAUCAGAUCAAUGAGAAAGUGAAAUGGGUUACAUUUAUUACCGAUUCACCUAAACCCCCACCAAAAAGGAUCACUUUUACUCUACCGGUUAUCAAUUGUGCUUCAUACAACGUUAUGGCCGUAUGUGAUAAAGAACAAGCUGAUUCGGUUGAGGCUGCUCUUACUCAUACCAAAGAUGUACCAGCUGGUAGGCUAACCGCGGAUGUUGAAGUGGUCUGGUUCCUUGACCAAGCAGCUGCAUCUAAACUCAAAGGCUGGUGCUCUAUCCUUUGAUCAUUGUAUCGGUUUGGUUUGGUUCAUUUGUAAACCGUGUAUUGCUAUUACUGCUGUGCACCAUACCAAAUGACUAAUCUGGUUUUCAAGUUUCCUCUUCCUUUUUAAUAAUAACUAGAUUUUGAUCCGUUA